AUGGGAUACGUUUUAGAACUCUUGAGUGGGGUCGCAUUGAAAGCCAUUUACAGUAUGGCAUGGAGGGACGUGGAGAGACUUCAUAUGGACAUAAAUUGGUUUUUCUUCACAAGUCAAAGUAGCCGCUGGAUUGUCCCUUUGACAAUGUGCUAUCUCUGUUCUCUAGUGGAAUAUGGGAUCCAGGCAAGCUACAAUGGCUUUUGUUCUCUGAUCUCUAUCUCAUUAAAUAUUAAUGAGAUGGAGGCUCGGUUGGAUGCUGGGAAGAAAGGCACCCACCACUCUUCAUGCAGAUUGCAUCUGAUGUGGGAAUUCAAAAAGAGCAAGCUUUUGAUCUGCAUACAGUCAUUCUGCAGAUUUAAAGAACUGGUUUAG